AUGGGGUUGUGCUUUGGUUGCUUCGAUGGGGGCAACAAGCGUAUGACCAAAGAGGAAGAGAGAUUGGCUUCUGAAGAAGCACGUGCAAGAGCUGCUGAAGCCGCUCAGAAAAAGCAAGAGCAACCAGGAGAGGCAAAGCAAGCAGAAACGGCAGAAGCAGCAGAAGCGGCAAAGGAAGGUGAAAACUCCAACAAUGACGAAGCUUAG